AAGAUCACAUUCUAUAUUCUCAACACAAACCCAACAGAAGAUCACAUUGUAUAUUCUCAACAGACACAAACACAACAGAAGAUCAAAUUCUAUAUUCUCAGCAACACAAACACAACAAAAGCUUAAACCCAACUAUUGACAUUGGUCAGAUCGAAGGAGCAUUUGUCAUGGGCCUGGGCUGUUACUUAACAGAAGAUAUUUUCUUCGAUGCCAAGUCUGGACACAUUCUCAACGAUGGCACUUGGGAAUACAAGGUUCCGACAACAAAAGAUAUUCCUAUUGACUGGAGGAUCUACCUCCUGCCGGAUACACCAAACCCCACAGGCAUUCGCAGUUCUAAAGCUGUAGGAGAGCCACCCAUCUCCUUGUCAGUCGGGGCUCUGUUGGCCAAUAAGCUGGCAAUACAAUCUGCACGCAGGGACUUGUUUGGAGCUGAGGACUUUAUGCCAACAGUUGCUCCGUACACAGUUGAGAAAGCUCAGCAAAGUGUUGGUCUCUCUGUGGAAAAUCUGAUAUUUUAA